AUGUUUUUCCCACUAAAUAUCACUUUAGGUGGUAAUAUACCUCAGUUUUGCCACAUCAAUCUGACGCCACAGCAACUCAUCUUGACUGCUCCGACGCCAGGUUCAUGUCCCCGAGCAAUGUCACCCUUGCACUCCUUUUCAUCUUCCGUCAGACAACCCGAUUCCGUCGUUACUCAAUCCUCCUCAUUUUCGUCUUUCUCAUCACCUGCUCCCAUUCCAUCUUCUCUUGCUCAAUCUGGCCAUGCCACAUUUACCGCAAUGGAGCCCUUAUCCGACGGAGGUGCUGUUGGCGAUGUGGGCCGGCGAAUACAUCUUCCUAUUUACGCCCCACGACAGUCGAUUUGUUUGGUUGAGGUCGUCAGUUGA